AUGGAAACGUUCGCAUCGUCAAGUGAUAGUGAGGACGACGAACCAUGUGAUCCAGAGCGCGGCAUCGCGGGCGCGGAGGGCGCGGAGGGCGCGAUGGCGACGUGCUGCGUGCGCGUGCUGCGGCGCCUGCGCGCGGCGGCGCCGGCGCUGGCGGCCGAGCACUUCGUGUCCACCAAGCUCACCAACAAGCUGCACCAGCAGCUGCAGGACCCGCUCACGCUGCCGCCGCCGCCACGCCGCUCUGGUGCCAGCAGUUGAAUGACUGGUGUCCGUUCCUGUUCCCCCUGGAGACUCGCCAGAUGUUCUUCGCGUGCACUGCGUUCGGCACAUCCCGCACUAUUGUCUGGCUUCAGGCUCAGAGGGAUCGUGCUCUCGACAGACAAAGAUCUGGUAAUACUGUGUCGCCUCGUCGCGCGGAGUUGGAAGCAACCGAGUUCCGCAUGGGUCGACUGCGACACGAGCGAGUGCGGAUACCGCGCCAACCCGAUCUGUUGCGGUCAGCUAUGCAGGUGAUGCGCGUGCACGCGGGGCGCAAGUCAGUGCUGGAGGUGGAGUUCGCGGGCGAGGAGGGCACGGGGCUGGGCCCCACGCUGGAGUUCUACGCGCUCGUCGCCGCCGAGCUGCAGCGCGCGGACCUCGGCAUGUGGCUCGGGGACGCCGCGCACGCCGACCUCGACAGCGCGCCGCACCAUCUCGUCUUACCCGACGAAAAACCUCCGGGAUACUAUGUGACACGUGCAGGUGGUUUAUUCCCGUCACCCUUGCCGCAAGAUUCACCGAUCUGUGAUAAAAUUUGCAAAUAUUUCUGGUUCUUAGGAGUAUUUUUAGCUAAGGUUUUGCAAGAUGGCCGACUCGUCGAUCUACCGCUCUCGGAGCCGUUUUUACGUAUCAUGUGUGGCGAAGAACUAUCCAAUGAAUGCUUAGAGGAGAUCGACCCUAUUAGGCAUCGGUUCCUGCAGAGCGUGUUGGCGGCGGCGGACGAGUACGACAGCAUCAUGCGCGACGGUACGCUGAGCGAGGAGGAGCGGUCGCAGCGCGUCGCCGACAUCUGCGUGGAGGGCGCCACGUUCGAGCAGCUCGCGCUGAGCAUGACGCACGUGGCGGCGCACCCCGACCCGCGCGCCGCGCUGCAGCCGCUGUGCGACGGCGGCGAGCUGCUGGACGUGCGGCCGCACAACGCGCGCGCCUACGCCGAGGCGGCCGCGCGCUGGGCCGUGCGCGCCGGCGUGCGCCGCCAGACCAAUGCCUUCCGCCGCGGCUUCGGCGCCGUGUUCCCGCCGCGCCGCCUGCGCGCCUUCUGCGCCGCCGAGCUGCGUCUGUUGCUGUGCGGGGAGCGCGGGCCCGUGUGGACCAGGGACCAUCUGUUGCAGUACACGGAACCCAAGCUGGGCUACACGCGCGACAGUCCCGGAUUCCUUCGUCUCGUGGAUGUGCUGGUAGAGAUGUCGCUCCGCGAACGUAAAGCGUUCUUGCAGUUUGCCACGGGCUGCAGUAGCCUGCCACCAGGAGGACUUGCUAACUUGCAUCCGCGACUUACUGUAGUGCGCAAGGUCGAUGCCGGAGACGGAUCCUACCCAUCUGUGAAUACGUGCGUACACUACUUGAAAUUGCCGGAGUAUUCAUGCAAAGAGGUACUUCGAGAAAGGCUCCUGGCAGCUACCAAUGAGCGCGGUUUCCAUCUCAACUAG